CUCAAAUCGUACCUCGGCGGAAAGGCAGCCAGAAAAUCUUCCAUAUGCCAUUUGCCAACGCGUGCCAGUGCCUCGACCACUCGACUCACCCACCUUCACCUUCUCUCGGAUUGGAACGGCUUGGUAUGAUUGUCCUUACUAGAUCCUCGCUUCUCAAAAAGAGUGACCUCACCCAUCUACUGCUGCGGUGCUCUCUGUUUGGAAAACUCUCUCCUCUCUGAUCAUCUCUCUCCGCUCUGCUGAUUGUCAAGCAACCGGCGUUGAUCUUGGCCAGAGCAUCAUUUCCUUGUUUCCGGCUUGUAUAAUAUAUGAUUUUCUUUUGGAAAACGAUUCCCACAUAUUCAUCUACACGACUAGAACGUGAGGACGGCAGCGCAUCCCGACGGGCUCUCGUACGAUUAAGCCAGUCUUGAGCCUUUUCGAGCCCACCCACAGCAAGCACCGGAGCCUAUACUUAGCCUCGAACGAGCACACUCAAGCCGAGCUCCCUACGGGUAGAAGUCUCAAUACAAUGUCCGCCAAAAGUGUAAAAGGCGAGGGCGGCAAGAAGCCAGCCUCCGCGGCCGUCAACUUGAUCGCUGGAGGCGGUGCCGGCAUGAUGGAAGCCCUCGCGUGUCAUUGGCUCGACACUAUCAAAGUGCGAAUGCAACUGUCAAGAAGAGGACGGGCACCAGGGACGAAAUCGCGUGGUUUCAUUGCUACAGGAAGAGAUAUUGUGAAGCGGGAAACCGUGUUUGGUCUAUAUAAGGGACUAGGAGCUGUGCUAACGGGCAUCGUUCCUAAGAUGGCUAUCCGGUUUACUUCGUACGAGUGGUACAAGCAGUUACUGGCGAAUAAGGACGGGGUCGUCACGUCCCAGGCGACAUUUCUAGCUGGUUUGUGCGCCGGCGUGACCGAGGCCGUUGCAGUCGUCACUCCCAUGGAGGUGGUAAAGAUUCGGCUUCAAGCUCAAUAUCACAGUCUCUCCGACCCUCUCGACGUCCCCAAAUACCGAAGCGCGCCGCACGCGCUGCUCAGCGUGGUGCGGGAAGAGGGGAUUGGCGCGUUGUAUCGCGGUGUAUCGCUGACCGCUUUGCGACAAGGGACGAACCAGGCCGUCAACUUCACAGCGUAUACGGAGUUCAAGGAGUUGCUGCAGAAAUGGCAGCCGGAAUACCAGGGGAAGAAUUUGCCGAGUUACCAGACGACUCUGAUCGGCCUGAUAUCUGGCGCCAUGGGUCCUUUCUCGAACGCCCCAAUAGAUACGAUAAAGACCCGGCUUCAGAAGACUCCAGCUGAGCCUGGACAGACUGCUAUCUCGAGGAUUGUGCUGAUUACGAAGGACAUGUUCAAGCAGGAGGGUCCGAGGGCGUUUUAUAAGGGUAUCACGCCGAGAGUGAUGAGAGUGGCGCCUGGCCAGGCAGUAACGUUCACGGUGUAUGAGUUCUUGAAGAAGCACAUCGAGGAUAGCAAUUGGCUAAACCUGGGGACUGGGAAGUAUGAAGAGUGAUCUUGACAAGGGGGGGUGUUGAGGAGGAGAGGAGUAUGGUCACGUGAUGGGUACAUGUCUUGGCAUUUUCUGGAGCGAGGACUUAAAAGUACUACGGUCUCAAGGGUAAAAUCGUGUAAUGAAACUCGCUUAACCGGGGUGCUAAACAGCUGCCGCUUGAAUCGUAGAAGCAGCAGUCGGACCUCGCAUUGAUUAGGAGGCUAUCCUGCUAUAUAAAUGUCCUAAACCUCGC